UUUGCGGUGUGUGGCGGCUCCCGAGUCCCAGACGCCAGAAUGGAAACGCUCCUCUGCGCGCUCACUGGCACACCUUCCUCUCCUCCUCCUCCUCCUCCUCCUCAUCGUCUUCGUCUUAAUUGCGCAUCGGCACUCCGGCAGCACCACACAGGGAGUCACGAGCAAGAACGAAAUAUACGUAGAGAAUAGAAACCGUGAGGAUGAUGAUGAUGAUGAUGGGCUUUCUGUGUCUGUGAUGGACUGAACUUUAAAAAUGUUCCGCGCCCUGUUUGGAUUCAGCUCUUCUCGGUUUGUGGAAUAUGUUACAGGGAGACUUCCAGCUGGGCUGAUGCUGAUUAAUGAAACCAUGACACGUUUUCUUCUGCUGCCGACAGAGGUGAUGCUGUUUGUGUGAAGCUGCUCCAAACUCCAACGCAAAGGCUCCCUAAAAACCGGAAUAAAGACGACUCUGCUUCCCGUUUUUUGACAAGCUGCUGAGAAUGACGAAAGACAUCCAUAUAACAAUGUAAUAAAUAUAUUUCCUGCACACGCAUCUUCCAGUUAGUGGAGAUAAACUGCACCGACUGGCAUCCAAGUGCGUCAGACCUGAGCGGACACCCGUUACGCAUGGAGGACUGAGAGGAUUUUUUUUUUUUUUUUUGCCUGUUCAUAUUUGUUUUAUGAUUUUUAACUCUGACAAAAGAGGGAACAAGUUAUUCUACUCCUCACCAAACAGAAAAUGAGUAGCUGUCUUUUCCGACUAGCACUCUUCGUGGCUUGGGUCCUCUCCAUCCGCUGCACCGCUGCGCCCGGGACCGAGCCGGAGGCGCACACGGCGUCCAGGAAUACCUGCGCGUCCUGCGACGUCGCCCAGCCGGAGGACCCCGAGUCCGGCCGGCUGAACGUGGACUUCCUGGAGGCGGUGAAGAGGCACAUACUGAGCAGGCUGCAGAUGCGGGAGAGGCCCAACAUCACGCACCCGGUCUCGAAGGCGGCCAUGGUGACGGCGCUGCGGAAGCUCCACGCCGGGAAGCUGCGGGAGGACGGGAGGGUGGAGAUCCCCAACCUGGACGGCCACCCGAUGAGCAACGAGGUGCUGGAGGAGAGCUCGGAGAUCAUCAGCUUUGCGGAGAAAGAUGACACGGUGACAUCCAAGUCCAGCCUGUUCUUCCAAAUCUCCAGCGAGGGGAACCAGAACCUGUACGUGAUGCAGGCGACCCUCUGGCUCUACUUCAAGCUUCUGCCGUCUCCUUUAGAGGUGCGUACAAGGCGGAAGGUGACGGUGAAGGUGUACUACCAGGAGCCCGGCCUCGGCAGCAAGUGGAACCUGGUGGAGAAACGGGUGGAGCUGAUGCGCAGUGGCUGGCACACCUUCAUUCUGACCGACGCUGUCCGGUUGGUGUUUGAGAAGGGCGACCGGCGCCAGAACCUGGAUGUGCGUUGCGAGGGCUGCGAGGCAGACGGCGUGGUACCCAUCCUGCUCAACCACAACGAUGAGUCCCACCGGCCCUUCCUGGUGGUGCAGGCGCGGCAGGCUGACAACAAACACCGGAUCCGCAAGAGGGGGCUGGAGUGUGACGGCAGCAGCAGCCUGUGUUGCCGCCAGCAGUUCUACAUAGACUUCCGGCUCAUCGGCUGGAACGACUGGAUCAUCGCACCGUCGGGCUACUUUGGGAACUACUGCGAGGGGAACUGUCCAGCCUAUAUGGCAGGCGUCCCCGGUUCGGCGUCAUCCUUCCACACAGCGGUGGUGAACCAGUACCGCAUGCGGGGGAUGAGCCCGGGCUCCAUGAACUCGUGCUGCAUUCCCACCAAGCUUAGCACCAUGUCCAUGCUCUACUUUGAUGACGAGUACAACAUCGUCAAGCGGGACGUUCCAAACAUGAUCGUGGAGGAGUGUGGCUGCGCUUGAGUAUGUUUUAUUCUUGUUUAUUUAAGGUGGAACUGAAGAACUUAACUGUAAACAGAUUAAAAAUAUUACAACAAAAAUAUUGAAUAUAGAAACAGAAUAUUUAUGGACGAUGGAGAAAACAUGCGCACACACAACCUCAUCCACACAUAUCUACACACCCUCAUGUAUGCCUGCACAAAAACUUGUAUAUAUAUUUAUGUUUGUUGAUAUAUUUUGUUAUAUUCUCUGGUGGAAGACUGUUCCUGUCUAGAAAUUAUUCAGUCUCCUUCAAAGGGACGUGAAGAGUUCUCUUCCAAAUCUUUAAAUAUCCACUUUGGAAAACAAUCAAUCUCUGAAGUUCUUCAUUAAAUAUCUUUAAGAUAGUGGGGAUCUGGUUUGCUAAAGUGUUCAAUACUUACGUAACCUACUAGCCUUUACAAAGCAGCAUCAUUUGAUGUAAUUUUCUGCUGUCAGUCACGCUGUUAGAGUAGGUACCACUUGUUUAGAAGUGGGUAUCUGUUUUGGAAUUAAACUCUCCAUGUGCCGAACAUAAACCCAACCUUAAACGUGAAAAUAACGUCUCCAAAGGAGGUGUAGGGAGCCUUACAUGAGUCACAAAGAAGGUCGGGGUGAUUCAACUAUGCUUCUUUCAAGAGCAGUGUGUGCAAUCACAUGGGACAAGCACUGAAAAUGUUAAUACACCAGUCAAACUUCAUCAACGUUCAGCACUUCUGGCCAGGAGUCACAAUUAUACUACAUCUUAGAGAAACUUUGUUCCACGAUAAAACUGGCUUCAAGAUGACAUGAACAUUUGGACGCAUUCCAGAAAUGGACGGACACAGACAUUAUCAACAUUAUCUGUAGAGACUUUUCAACAAGGUUUCUGUUACACUGACGCUGUCACCAAACCGCAAAUUAAUCCUUCAAACUGACAACUAAAGGGUAGACUUGCCAAUGUGAGGUGUCACACCUGAAAUUAAAAAAAAAAUCAUAACUGUUUGGAGGUUGUAUUUCCCAUUGUUGAUAUGCAUCUCUUCACAGCUCUGAAUUCUUUUCUUUCCAUUAUCUUCAUUUCUGAGGAAGCACUGUGGCAUGUUUCUGAAAGUUGGAAAGCUAUCUGAACUUUUAUCAACCAAGGGUACGGGUUAUCCUAAAUCUAACCCUAACUUCUCAUGGGAUUUCUACAGAGCUUGUUAAGUGUUGUGUGUGUGUGUGUGUGUGUGGGGUGGGGGUGGAUAGAUGUUUUGAACAUUUCCCUCAAAUUAUUAACUCCCGUCCUCAAAUUACAAAUCUGUUUCUCAAAUUACUAACUUGUGCACUCAGUAUUCUUAUUUCUUUUCUUUUUUAGGAAUUUGCAACUUCAAAUUACUUGAUUCUUCCCCUUGAAAAAGUGUCUCUCCUCAAAUUAGCAAAUUGUGCACCAAAUUAAUAAUUUCUCUCAAAUUAAUUAGUUCUUACUUUCAAUCAAUUUGACUUUCACUAUGAACAAUUUGGACGUAACAGAGUCUUAUUUUGAUCUUGGACUGUAAGAUAUGAACAUACUUUAAGUUUUUGCUGUUAAACACAACACUGACUUAUCUUUAACAAAUGUGAAGGCGUAUUGCUGCCAAAAUGUUACCCCUACUGGAAUCUGAAGAUUUCAAUAUUUAGGUAACAACACAAGUCAUGUCCAAAGGGACUACAAGAUCUGACGCACCAUCCAAAGUUUAAAUAAUUCCUACCAAGCAAACUUAUUUUGUGACCUGUUCCAGAGGUUUUGACUUGGAGGACCAAACUUCCACUCUUCCCCUUGGUCUUUGUAUCAUUAAAGCAAAAAAAUAAAUAAAUCCUUUAGUUUUCCAAGGACUAUGCCAUCUUCCACUCAUGUUAUGGGUUGAACAAAUACUCUUGUAUAGCAUAUGAAGAUGGUGGAGUGAAUAUCAGGAAUGACCUCACAUUUAUCAUUUUUUGUUAACGUUUGGAUAUUGCAAGCAAAACCUUCCUUCAGCUUCUCUUCGAAGGGGAAGGUUCGAUUCCUUCCAGUUGUUCAAAUAAAAAAAAAAAUUUAACAUAUCUCUCGUUUCAGUCAGUGAAAGUGAAAAGUUGCCAUAUUGCUCAGUUUAGUGAUGAUGCAGCUUCACACUUCUCGACGCACACUUUGAUAGCACUUGCAGAUUGAAAUGCCUUUAAUGAGCCCUAUGUGGCGCACCAUUGCUCACAGUCGUUCUAAAAGAAAUAAGUGCCGCAUGAGCUAUGCAAUGUAUAAUAUUUACCCAUAUACCAGACAAGCUGAACUUAAGCUCUUCUGACAAACUAUCACCAAUACUUGAAAUGUAAUGUGUGGCAAGCAGGGGCAGGUUGGGUUUUGGCUAGGAGGCAGGAGGAGGCACACAGUCUCCCAAUGAAAUGAAAGUUUGAAAAACCCAGCAAGUCAUUUGACAACAUCUCCGAAAUCCUCUGGAAUCGGUUGGAAGGAAAAAUCAUCCCUGUCUCCUGAAAGUUACGUUUAUAUACUACAUACACUAUAUACUAAUGAUUUUGCCAAAUUGCUGCCUGGUUCAUAUUCACUGGCAAUGUUUUCUCCAGUCCAUGUAGUGCUACUUUCAAAGUAUUAUGGUGAUAAAAAUCAUUAUCUGGAUGGCAUUACAUUGUUUUCUGGGUUGGAAAAAUAUUGCGUCUGCUGCAUAAUAAAGUUGAUUUUUAUGCAUUUCAAAACUGUACUCUUCGAAACGAGCAAAGACGGCAGCUGGAAGUGACACAUGUCUUUGUCCGUCUUGUAUAGCAUAACAAAAAUAUUUUUGCGACACCAAAUUAUUUUAAUCUUCUAAGCUGUUUCUUGAAAUUUACAGGAUAAUUGUCCCUCUUCAGAAAGAAAUUGCAGACUUACACAACCUUUGCCAAGUGGUCGCAAGUAGACAUAUCUUGUUUUAGGGGGUCACGAGCUUUUAAUUUUUCUUUGUCGUACAAGACGAGCACGGUGAUGUGUCACUUUCUGCCAUUUUUGUUUGGGAUAGAGCAGCAUCUUGUGAAACAGGUUAGAAAUACACUUUACUGUGCAGAAGACAGAAUAUUUUUGUACUAACUGGAUGUAAGAGUUUUAGUCAGUGUUAUAGAAUAAGCUGUUGGGUUUUUCAAAGAUUAGCUUCCUUUAUGUAAUCAUCAACUGAAACCUCUGAAAUAUAAAAAGAGGCUAACUGGGGCUAACUUUGACCCAAAUGUGAUGCAUGAAUAGUGAUUUUGGUGUCUAAAUGAAUGUGCCCCAGUGGAGUUCCCAUCAUGGCCUGUUUGGCACCGAAACACACUUUGAGACACAGUUUCAGGCCUCAGUCACUUUGACAUCACUUUGAUAUUUUCAGGUUAAACGUUUCAGCAACCUGUUAUUUUACUAGUCCAUUACAUUCUGCUCUCUAUAUUCAGACUUCACCACUACCAGGUACCUACCUGAGGUUCAGGUGCUGCUUAUUGUCUCACCUCUUUCCGCCUUUUGGCCGACACUCUACCCCGACUUUGCCUGCCACUGUAAUCUUUCGCUUGUUCUUCAAGGCGAAUGGUUGUUAGAAUAUUUGCACUGAGGAGCUGCGUAACUAGUAAUAAGAAAAAUUAAAUAAACAGAAACUGCCAUUGAAAAAAAGUUAUUUUUAUAGAAGCAAAAUUGAUCUCUGUUCAAAUGUAUUAUACCUAAUCAUGGAACCAAAGAGGCCUAGAGGUUUAGCUAUUGAAAGACGGCAAUGCCGCCAUGUUUUUGUUGUUUUAAAUGACUUUGUGACAGUUAAAAGAGGCCUAAACACUGUAUCAGGGUAUAAUAUCAGUCCAUAAUCAGCUUAAUCUCUUGUCUAUUUUGUACCUAGACAUGGAAUAUUUCAUAUUUUUUCAUCAAAUUGCUUAAAUAUUCCUAGUUUUAUUUCUUCCUUUUGUUAGCUCUCGUUACAGAAUCAUUUAGAGUAAAGCACAUGCCAUCUGAUCCCUGUACAGUCGAUGUAACAUAUGAAUAUGCUUUUGAAAUAUUUUGUUCUUUGUAAUUGUUGAAAAAUAAAUUUCUUAUUACCAACCGUA